CCUAGGCAAGCUGUUCAAUCAGAGAAAGGAAAUUCAAGUCCAACUCAUCAAAAACACCUUCGUUUAUAGUAUUGAUACAAUGAACCCUCCUAUGGAAACCUGGAUGUACUGUCUACCACUCGAUGCAAGUCGCACACUGACUUACGAGUGUGUAGGCUGUGGAGUCUAUCGUGAGGUACAAAACAGUAUUAAAGUUGAUAGCAGUGUGAUUAUAGCUGAAGGAUUCAACGCAUUGGAAGGUGCUUUGCUCUUUGCUCAUGGUGAUUACUCUAUUCAGUGUAAGGGGUGCAGACAGGAGUGUUUACUGACUAUACUGCCACAUUAUUAUGUAUGUAUUGAGCUUGAUAUUCGGGAGGAUCUUAAGGCAGAGAUUGGGAAAACGUGUCGACUUGAACAAAUUCUAUCAACGAUAAAUCUUGGAUCAAUAUACAGGUUAACCGGAGUAAUUGGCUUCACAAGGAAUCCAAAUCAUUUUAUUGCCUAUUGUAGGAGGGCAGACAUUCGUUGGGAAAUUCACAACGACUGUGAUUAUAAGUCAUCCAUGUGGACCUUCAAAGGUUAUCGAGCCACAUCUAGCAAUAUACAUGAGAAAAGAUCUCAAACACUACUCUCCACCACCACCCUGUGACUUACAAAUGCCGAUGAAUGACCCAAUCAUUGAAUACCCUAGUAGUCCCGUUGAAUCUGUCCUUGUAGAAUCUGAAGAAGUUCCCAUCGAACAGGAUUCAUCUUCAAGCCAUUUCGUCAUAUCAGAAACAUCAGUUCCUGUGGAUAAACAAGUCAUCUAUUCUACUGUAUGCAUUGAGUCUCUAGAUGACACUGCAGCAUCUGCUGAGCUGGGAGCAGUAACAUCCAGGUUGGAGACUGAAACUCACGUUGACAGCAACAAUAAAUCAAUUGAAUCUGUCGUUGUAGGAGCUGAAGAAGUUUUCAUCGAGCAGGAUUCAUCUUCAAGCAAUUUCGUCAUAUCAAAAACAUCAGUUCCUGUGGAUAAAGAAGUCGUCCAUUCUCCUUCAUGCAAUGAGUCCCUAGAUGCCAUUGCAGCAUCUGCUGAGCUGGGAGCAGUAACAUCCAGGCUGCAGACUGAAACUCAUGUUAACAUCAACACAGAAAAAAUUGAUCAGAACGAUAUUCUUCCUCCCACCAUGAAUCUCGUAUAUCUCCAGGGCAAAUACUACAGCAUCCUUAAUGCUUCAACAUUCGAUUCACUUGUCCAAUUAAUGUAUUCAGCUGCUAAUCUGAAUAUUCAAUAUAGAAAUGAAAUUAAGAACUCUAACAAUCGAAUGUUGAAGUUGAUCUCACUAUUAAUGGAAGAGGGAAUCACUCCAAAUUUCUUGGAACAACGAGCAAGAUGUUUAGUCGAGAAUUUUCCCUUAUAUGUUCAUCCAGAUCGCAUGUAUGGUAAAAUGGAGAGGGCAAUCAGGAUGAGCGGAACCACGUUGUGUACUUGGGAGAAGUAUCUGAACGAUGAGCCUAGUGGAGUUGAGGCAUACAACUGCCCCAAAUGUGGAAAGUACACAAGACCCAUAUUCCUAGAACCUGAUAGUCAAAGACUCAUCCGUCAACGUUUCAGAAAUUUGCAAAAGGCUCUUGACGUUCACGAUAUGUUAUACAACGUCCAAUGCAAAAAUGAAAAAUGCACUGAGGUUUGCACUGUGGAAUUUCUUUACAAUCUCCAUGUUUAUGUCAAAUUCCUAUGCACUACUAAUUGCAUGCAUAAAACAUGUACACUGAGAGACCUCUCUCAAUCUGCAAGUUCGAUUUUACAAUCGUGUCGUUACAAUUUAAUAGGCGUGAAUGCAUAUGUUCAGGGAAUAUAUCAUACCUUUAUAAUGACAAAGGCUGGCAACUGUGAGACUUAAAACUGGAUAUUUAUCGACCAAGGAGUGCUCGAGUACUAUUGAGAUUGUCCCUUUUGGAGUCCUCUAUCUGAUGGAAACAAAGGAACCUUGAAUGUGGCAGGCUUCCAUCACUUAUCGUUUUUGUAUCCUGAUUUUGCACAUCUUGGAUUGAAUCGCCAAAGGAACAUGUGGAUUAUCAUAAGUGUUGUGAGAAGGACUACUGAAAAAUGUUAAUAGUUUCCAGGGACCAUGAUCACGAGAAAAGGAUUGUUAAAGAAAUUGGAAUUCCCUACGGGUUAAUUUUCAUCUCUCUAUAGAUUAUUUUUCACUAUGGAUAUGAUUAAAAGUUUCCACAUGAAAUGUGAGCUCAAAAUUCUCGAGAAGAAAAAUCAUAAAGAAGGAAAUGCUACAGAAAAGAUGAGAAGGGACAUUUUGAACAGAAAAUUGAGGGGACGUUUUUUUUGCGUGAUUAGAUACUGAGGGAAGGGAAAAAUCAGUAGGAGGCUAGUAAAAAGACAA